AUUUGCAACUGAAAAGGCUUGCACUUGAAAAUAGAAAAAAAAAAUAAUAAGAAAGUCAACAAUUUAUUAUGCUUUACAGAGAGACCCUAUAUAGAGUCUCCAUCUACAGGUGAAGAAAGAUGGCGGACAUGGAUAUCGAUACUUACUCAAAAGCAGGCGAAGAAGAGCAAGGGAAAGGGAAGACUAUGGUUGUAAUCUUGAUUGGUCCACCGGGCAGUGGAAAAAGUACUUUCUGUGAAGAAGUCAUGCGCUUCUCCACUCGACCAUGGGUUCGCAUUUGCCAGGACAAUAUUGCAAAUGGUAAAGCUGGGACUAAAGCUCAAUGUAUAAAGAGUGCAACCACUGCACUGAAUGAUGGAAAAAGUGUGUUCAUUGACAGAUGCAACUUGGACAGGGAACAGCGUGCAGAAUUUGUUAAGCUUGGUGACCCCAAAGUCGACAUGCAUGCUGUGGUGCUUGAUCUGCCUGCUCGGCUUUGUAUAUCUCGAUCUGUCAAACGAACUGGUCAUGAGGGAAACUUGCAAGGUGGAAGAGCUGCAGCUGUUGUGAACAGAAUGCUGCAAAAUAAAGAAUUUCCUAAGCUUAGUGAAGGAUUUACUAGAAUAACUUUCUGCCAAAAUGAGAGUGAUGUUGAAGGUGCCAUUAAUACAUAUAGUGCACUUGGUCCUUUGGAUACUCCACCCAAAGGUGUUUUCAGUCAGAAAAAGUCAGAUGCUAAAGUUCAGCUCGGUAUAAUGAAGUUCUUUAAAAAAUCAGAACCUGCUGAAUCUGAUAAUGUUGGAUCUGUUGCAACUAGUGAUCCGAAUUCUGCUUUUCUAAAAAAAAACGAGGAAAAAGAUUCCUGUUUUAAAGGACCAGUGUCAUUUUCAGAUAAUGCUGCUACGGAAAUAAAUGAACAUAAAGACCCAAUGGAAGGCGUGAAUAGGGAUGUUUCUGUUUCUCUGGAUGAUGCUCCCACAUUGGCAUUUCCAUCUAUUUCCACAUCAGAUUUCCAAUUCAACCACGAGAAGGCAUCUGCCAUUAUUGUUGAGAAAGUUGAGGAAUUUUUGGACAGGAUUGGAAAUGCUAGACUUGUCUUAGUAGACUUGACUCAUAGAUCAAAGAUUUUGUCUUUGGUUAAGGAAAAAGCAUCAAAGAGAAACAUUGACUCCAACAAGUUCUUUACUUUUGUAGGAGAUAUUACUCGGCUUUAUUCACAAGGAGGCCUACGCUGCAAUGUAAUAGCUAAUGCUGCCAAUUGGCGACUGAAACCUGGAGGUGGAGGUGUGAAUGCUGCAAUUUUCAGUGCUGCAGGUCCAGCACUAGAGGUUGCAACUAAAGAACAGACAAACUCUCUUCUUCCUGGGAAUGCUUUAGUAGUUUCUCUCCCUUCAAAUUCUCCCUUGUUUGGCCAGGAAGGAGUAACCCACGUCAUACAUGUUCUUGGACCAAAUAUGAACCCACAGAGACCAAACUGUUUAAAAAAUGACUAUGCUACAGGCUGCAAAAUUCUUCGUGAUGCUUACACAUCACUAUUUGAAGGUUUUGCUUCAAUAGUAAGGAAGUUACCCCAGGGAAGUAAUGAUAAUCUUUGUUCAAAGCAGUCGGAGAUACAAAGACGCGAUGAAACGGCCCCUAAAAAUAGUGAGCCAAAAUUUAGAAGAGAUGAUGACCAUGAAUCUGAUAGGAGUAAAAAGUACAAGGAAUCUCAUGUUGAAAAUAAGGUUUCUAAUUCUAGAGCUGGAAGGAUACAUCAGAGUGGUGAAAGUUCUGAUAGAACAGCAACUAAAGCCUGGGGAUCAUGGGCGCAAGCUCUUUACCACAUUGCCAAGCAACCAGAUAACCAUAAGGAAGUUGUGCUAGAGAUGUCUGAUGAUAUUGUUGUACUAAAUGAUCUUUAUCCAAAGGCACGGAAGCAUCUUUUGGUGUUGACACGAUUUGAAAGUCUGGAGCAACUAGCAGAUGCACAUGAGGAGCAUCUUCCAUUGUUGAGAAAAAUGCACAACGUUGGUUUGAGGUGGACUGAAACAUUACUGCAAGAAGAUGCAUCUUUGAUAUUUCGUCUUGGCUAUCACUCGGCCCCAUCAAUGCGACAACUUCACCUACAUGUCAUCAGCCAAGAUUUCAAUUCCAAACAUCUGAAGAACAAGAAACACUGGAAUUCAUUCACCACUGCUUUCUUCCGUGAUUCUGUGGAUGUAAUGGAGGAAGUCAGCAGCCACAGAAAAGUGAGACUAGGAGAUGAUGAAAAGCUGUUGUCUAUGGAGUUACGCUGUCACCGUUGUAGAAGCGCUCACCCCAACAUCCCCCGCUUAAAGUCACACAUCACUAGCUGUAACGUGCCAUUUCCUGCCAACCUUCUCCAAAAGGGUCGUCUUGUGAGUGCUUUAAACAACGCCAUCAUUAAUCCAUAGAGGAAAGAAUCAUAUCCAAGUUUUAUUCUAGGCAAAAUCUUUUUCAAUAGCCUCUGUACACUGUCAUUGUCUUUUUUUGGUGCAGUUAUUGUUGUUAGAUGCUCUAAUAUGCUCUGUUAAUAUUUUGAUGGGGGAGGAUUGCCCUCCUAAAAAGGCCAUGUUGCUUUGGUAUAUGCUUUUAUGAGUAGUUGGACUCUAGACUAUAAUGGAUGCUUAGAAGUUAGAACAAGCUUUUUUAGCCUUUGUUGCCCCUUGGUAGGACCAACUUGAAUUUUGAUUCUUGUCCCUUAAAAGAGUGAAUAGAAAGCUAAGAAAUUUGAUUUGAGAGAGAUAAAGCAUGAAAAAAAAGUGACAAGGUUUAACGGAA